AUAAUCAAAUACAGCAGCAGGCUUCCUGGAGAGGUGGUUGGUGCCCCAGACUGUCAGUGUUUAAGAGGCAUUUGAGCAGUGGUGUAACUUUAGGGCAGCCCUGAACUGGUCAAAGCAGUUGGACCAGAUGAUUGUCAUAGGUUCCUUCCAGCUGAACUGUUCUAACAUGAAGGUUUUAUUGGUUUUAGAGUUUGGUUUUACGUGCUACAGUCUGUUCUGUCAUUUACGGUUUGUUGUACAAAACCACGUUGUCACCUUUCUGCUACAGAGGGCAGUGAGUCAUUAAUCUUCGGGCUUACUUGGCGUUUGUUAGUCAUAUCCGUAUUUACUGAUACGUGUCACUCAAAACCUGGGCUCUUGUAUCCAAAUGAAGCAGGUGGUGAUAAGAAAGAGCCAGGGAAUUUUCCAAAGGUAAAUAGUGUCACUAAGCUGGUAACCUUUUACAACAAAAGGAUGUUUUCUGUCAAUAUGGGUAGAGCAGUGGAUGUCAGCAAAACCAUUGAUACUCUUCCCCACAAUCCUCUCCAGGCUGAACAGGGAUUUGAGUGGCCUGGCCUAAUGGAAGGUGUCCCCUGCCCAUGGCAGGGGGUUUGGAACAAGGUGAGCUUCCAACCGAAACCAUCCUGUGAUUCUGUGAUUCUCCUGGACUGCCUGGGUAAGCUGUGGGACAGGUAAUAAGCUGGCUCAGGCUGUGCUCAGAGGGAUUUUACUCAGGGGUACUGGUUUGGAAAUCCUUACUGGAUGCCAUGAGAGAUGGGAAGGUGGUGUCUUAUGCAGUAGCCAUCUUCUCCACUAUCUUUUCAGUGAUGUUGAAUCUUCCACAGAGCAGUGAAAUAAAUGUUCCAUCCAGAGCCUUGUUCUUCAAAGAAAAACCAUCCUAAAGAGUGUUUUCUGCUGUUUUAAGGCAGAACACAACCUCUACAAGGCUGCACGCUGUCAGAUUGCACUAAGGAUGCUGGCUUGUGCUCAGCAGUGUGUUGCAAUGCCCUUCUCAAUACAGUUCUAAGAUCACACCUCUCUCAGCUUGGCCUUGUGGAUGCUUUUGACAGAAAUACCUCCAUGUGUUCCAUGGCCUGCCAGUACCUGCUCUCCACUCUUGUCUAUUCAGCCCUUUCUCUCCACUAUGGCACACUCCCCACCUCUCCCUUCAUUCUUCAGGACGAGUCAGAGAGGAGCUGAUUGUCCUCUUCUGGGGUGAAGCAAAGUGAACAAUGCCAUCACUUGCAAAGAGGAAGAAUUUUGUCAUGGAAAUGGUGGUCAGGCAUUGGGAGGGGCUGCUCAGGGAGGUGCUGGAGUCCCCAUCCCUGGAGGUGUUCAAGGAAUACCUGGACAUGGUACUCAGUGCUCUGGGCUGGUUACAAGGUGAAUAUUGGUCACUCAAUGGUCUUGGAGGUCUCUCCCAACCCAAAUGGUUCUGGAAUUCUGUGCUCUGUGAAAAGAGAAGACAGCCUGUGCAACACAGUCAGCCUGUGCUGCUUAGGUGUGGGGUGAUGAAAAGCUAUGAGAAGUCCAUGAUGUCGUUGGAAAAGAAAAAUGCAGGAUUUGCUUUCUGCCAGGAUAGGCUGAUGCAGCUAGUUCUUUCCGGAUCAGGCUGUUUAUAUUUUCUGCCCUUUUCCUACACCAUUCUUUCUUUUUUUCCCCCUAAACUAGUGACCAUCACUGUGUAAAAUACAGACUUUCCACAUGAAAGGCUCCUUUUGGGAAGUGGAACUUUCCAUAAUUCUCUUUUUCAGCUGUAUACAGAGAGGGUUCUUGGGAGGGAGACACACAACCCUGUGCUGUGGCCAGGGAAGUUCUGGCAUAGCUCCAUUUAACCAUCUUCCUUACACUUGAAGAUCCUAAAGCUUGUAAGAUUUACUGUUUCACUAAACAAUAAAGCAGUUCCCUGGGGGAAUGCAAAGGAGGAGUUAGUGUAGGGUUAUCUUUCCUAGACUUUGCUUCUGUGUUCUCAGUGAUGCUUUCACAUAAUGGUGCACUCUUGUUUAUAGGAGAGACAGGGUGGGUACAUGUAUGUGUAUUUUUAGAAAGAAUCAUUGUGACAGGAAUUUCUUGUCCAAAAUUCUAAUUUUUCUGAGACAGACUUAAAUACUAGAAUGCUGUGAAUGCUCCACACUUAAGAACCAGUGCUCUUCUGGCACAGUAGGGACUUGUCUCUCUCUACUGUUUUUGCCUCUCUGUACAGGAUUAUGGCUGGCAUAGAGUUAAUUUUCUUGACAGUGGCUGGUCUGGAUCUGUGUUUGGAUCAGCGAUGGAAGCGCAGGAAUGUUGUAGCUGUUGCUCAGUGGUGCUUACACAACAUCAAGGUCUAUUCUGCUCCUCACCAGUGUGGAGCUGGGGUGUGCAAGGAGCUGGGGGAGACACAGCUGACCCUGACUGAGCACAGAGGUCUCCCACACCAGAGGAGACCAUGCUCAGCAAUAAAAGCUGGGGAGGAAGGAGGAAGGGGGGUGUUCCCAAGUCACCGUUAUGCGUGAUGGAGCCCAGCUUUCCUGGGAUGGCCGAACACCCGCCUGCGGCGGGAGGCCGGGAAUGAAUUCCUUUUGAUUUGCUUGCUUGUGCAGGUUUUGCUUUGCCUGUUAAACUGCCCUUGUCACAACCCACAAGUUUUUGCAUUUUCACCUUCUGAUUCUCCCCAUCCUGCUGCAAGGGGCCGACUCACCCAAGGCCAGACCCCCAACAGGAAGCAGAGGCAGGAUGGAGUGAUGAAUCUCACCCCAACUCACUAAUUCUGUGUCACCUGGCUGCCCUUCAAUGCCCCAGUCUCUGAGCAACCCGCCUCCACAUGAGGACAAGUAUUCGUGCCUGGCAUAAUUUUUUUUUUUUGGUGUAACCAAAGCUGACAAUUCGUGUACAACACCCCAGGAGAGAGCAAUGAAUCAAUUGUAAAAGUGUAAAAAAUGGGCUUUUGUGAUCCGUGGGCUCUACCAACCCCUGAGCGAGAAAUGGCACAGCUGACGUGUGUAAUGUAACAGGAGAAAGAGGUCGCUGAAAUGUGCCCCCCCUGCCAGCAGCAGCUGGUGCUAUGCCAAGAGUAACCCUAGAAAUUCUCCAUAAAAGAGCACAUUGACUCAGGUUCUACCAAGAAACUCAAGGAAAGCAACCCUACACCUUGCUAAUCUCUGCAUCUUGGCAUGCCAGGUGUCUCAUCAUUUUCAGUUUCUGCCUGGGACUUUCCUGCCUCUCGGGAUUCUUCCAUAUGAAGAGUAAGAAUUACAGAAUCUCAAAGAGCCACGAGGAGCUGCUGAUCCCUCCCACGCCGUGCCAUGCCAAGACAAACGUCAUGUUCCUCAAAACCCACAAGACUGCCAGCAGCACUGUGCUCAACAUCAUGUUCAGGUUUGCAGAGAGGUACAACCUCACUGUCGCCCUCCCUGCUGACCAGCUCUUCCACCUGGGAUACCCAAGGACUUUCGUGGCCCAGUUUGUGGAGGGCUUUGAAACCAUAGGCCAAAAUUACAACAUCAUGUGCAAUCACCUGCGGUUUAACCCCUUGGAGGUAAAAAGGGUGAUGGCAGCCAACACCUUCUACUUCUCCAUCCUGAGGAACCCCAUUCCUCUGCUGGAGUCUUCCUACAUCUACUACAAGGACUAUGUGCCUGCCUUCAGGAGCUCCAAGGAUGUGAACGAGUUCCUGGAAUCACCCACAAAGUAUUACCACCCAGCAGAUUACAGGAAAAACAUCUACGCCAGGAAUAUCAUGUGGUUUGACUUCGGCUAUGACAACAACGCGGAGGAUGACACGAACUAUACCCAGGCUGUCCUGGAGGAGAUCGAGCAGCACUUCCACCUCAUCUUAAUAGCAGACUACUUUGAUGAGUCCAUGAUCCUCUUGAAGCACACUUUGUGCUGGGAUCUGGAUGAUGUGAUUUACUUCAAGCUCAAUUCCAGAAGCCAGGAUACUGUCCAGACGUUGACUCCGGAAAGUGAGGAGCAGAUAAAAGCCUGGUGCUCGCUGGACUGGAAGCUCUACCUGCACUUCAACCAGAGCUUCUGGAGGAGAAUUGAGGAGACCAUAGGGCUGGAGAUGCUGGAAAAGGAGGUGGAUCACCUGCGGACCAGACAGAAGGAGCUCAUGGAGACUUGUCUCUCAGAGCAGGAGGCAGUGAGGAAGGAUCACAUCAGGAAUAAAGCUCUCCUACCUUUCCAGUCAGGGGCUGCAAAUAUCCUGGGUUACAACAUCAAACAAGACUUGGACAACACGACUCUGAGAACCUGCCAGAAAAUGGUCAUACCAGAGCUCCAGUACACGUCUUACCUUUAUGCUGUCCAACACCCGCACAAGAAAAGGAAAGAUGUGGGAUUGCCAUUGCUGUGGACCAGUCUCCAGGAGAAGAUGCAGCUCCCAGGGUCCAACUAGGACAUGUGACAACCCACUGUGGCUUCCCACCGCUUUGCAUCACCCCUUGUCUGACAUGAAACUGACCCACAGGACUCCUGUACAUGAGGGGGAGGCAGUGGGGGCUUUGUUUAGGGACACCAAGUUGGUGGUUGGUCUCUUUUUGGGGACCUUGAGCCAAAGGCUUUGCAUUGUCCAGAUCCUGGGUGAUCCCAUCUGCCUGCUCCUGGCUGGAGGGAGCCAGGCUGGCUGCAGCUGGCCAAGACAUUCCAGCCUCUUAAUCAUUAAUCAGGAGGUUGAUCAUUUGCCUUCAUUUGAUUUUAUUUGAUAUCCAUUGUUGCAUCAGUCUGGUCACAGCUCACUGGAGCAAG